AUGAAAUUGCUUUGUGGAGAUGAAUUAGGACAAUUAAAAUUAAUUGAAUUAAAAAAGGGAAUUGACGCUUCAAAUCCAGAUUCUGAAGCUCCUAAGAUUCAACGCUUUGGAAAGCUAGAUAAACAGAACGCAAUUUUAUUUUUCUGUGAGAACGAAAAUUAUGUCUACGUCGUUCGUAAAAAUGCUGCUAUUGAGUGCUGGGAUUUAAGAAAAGAGCCCCCAGUCUUAGUCAGUCUAUGGCAAUUGGAUGAAAAACUUGUAGAGAAUGCAUCUAUUGUUUCCUUCCAAUAUGCUCAUGGAUGGCUUAUGGUCGCUUUGAGUAGUGGAACAAUCGUGUUCCGAAAUCCGGAAUUAGGUGAAGUACAAAAGAUCCAAGUUUCUUCACCGUUGUCCUGUGCUACCUUGCAUCCACGAAUUGCUGGUGUCCUUGCUAUUGGUGGAGAGGAAAACGAUGUUUCUAUAUAUUCGUGCAACCCUAGCUGCUCUUCCUCGAUUGACUUGUCGACGUUAUGGGAUCAAAGCAAGAUUGUUCGUCUUUUCCAAGGAAAGAAUGUAAAAAACAAUGCUUUAGAUCUUCGGGUUCGUGUUUGGGUUACAGGUAUUGUUUUUACGGAAGAACUCUUCAACGCCAUUGAUGGCAAAAGUGAAGACGAUUCAGCACCAGCUUUUCAUUUUGCUACUAUCACUCAUUACGGACAGUUGAGAUUUUAUUAUACUAAGCAGGCGCGACGACCGAUCUAUAGUACCGAUAUCUCUACAUCUGAACUCAACCGUGUUGGUAUUUUGCCUUCUGUAAAUAUGUUGUAUUUUUCUGAUAAGCGCGCCCAAGUCAUUGUGUUCGACCCAAUAAAUAAGAAAAUUGUGGGGCGUUUUCAAGGUGUUAAAGGCUCUGCGUCUUGCAUUCAUAACCUUGGCGAUCUCGUCGCUAUCGUUGGUCUCGACAGACAUCUUCGAGUUUAUGAUGUCCAUCGAAAUCAUUUGGCUAACGCGUACGUUAAAGUAAUGCCUACUAGCAUUUUGCUUCUCAACGACCGUGAUGAAGAAGUCAUCAAGGAAGAAGAGAAUCGCGCUGCGAAAGAAGAAGAAGAAGAAGAAAUAUGGCGCAAUAUGGAGCAGUUGGACGACAAGGAAGAGAAAAAGGAUGGCAGAAAGACAAAAAAACAAAAGAGAUCGUGA